UAUAAAUUUCAUAUCAAGUGACCUUUGUGGCAAAUUAGACAAUCUGAUCUGUUUAUUAACUUUUUAAACAAAACUAAAGUAUUUUCAUUUGAUUUCAAAGGAAACAUUCAAAAGUGCAGUUUGUAUUGUGAUAGUAUUUCUUCAGAACUGGAAACAAUUAAAAAUAAUUGUGGCGUUCAAUGACCUAUCUUGUUUCUUAUGCCCUCCAGAAUGAUAAUAUUGUGUAGGCUAUUCCCUCCGAGAGAUAAAGGAUCAAAGCAAAGUUAAAUCAUUCAGUGAACAACAGGAACUCUUAUCAUUCGACUGGUGAACCCUGCACGAUGAUGGAACCAAUUGUGACAGCCGAUGACAAGAAAACAGUAAUGGAAGAACUCCGUGCAUUGGUUAAAAGUGAGACGAAACUGAAUAUUGGCGAUGACGAAAAGAUUUUACUGCGCUAUUUACACUACAGCAAUUUUGACGCAGAAAAGGCUUUCGCGAAGAUGAAAACUGUGUACAAGCUAAAAUUGGACAACAUGCAAUGGUUCGCUACUUCAGUGUUUACAGACAGGCAGAGGAUGGCCCUUACUCAGGAUGUCCACUGCCUUUUAAAAGACAGAGAUCAGCUUGGGCGGAGAGUCUACCUACUCAGACUAGGAAAUGUGGCAAUAGGCAAAGUAGAGCCUUGGGAGAACUUUCAAACGGAUGAUCUUUGGUUGGAACUGGCAAUGGAUGAACAAGAGGCUUGGGAGAAUGGGCUCGUUUACAUAUUCGACUUGCAAGGACUCUCUUGGAAGUACCUCAGGUACUUCACACCUCACAAUUGCAAAGUCGCUUCUGCUAAAGCCGAGGGGAUUCCUGUUAGGAAAAUGGAGUACCAUGUGGUAAAUUCAAGUUUCCUUUUGAACAGCCUAGUCACUAUUGUCUUUCCAUUCCUUAGCGGAUCUACUAAAGAAAAUAUACACUUCCAUAAGUCAAACUGGUCUUCCCUUCAUAAAUAUGUAACUCCUGAUAUCCUCCCAGUAGAAUACGGCGGAAAACUUCCAUCUUUGAAUUAUGAUGAAUUAAGAAAUUAUUUAUACGAGGGCGAAGAUAGAUUAAAAGAACUUGUGACUUACGGCUAUGAAAAGUGAAUCAUAUUAUUCGUGUGAGCUGGCUGUUUUAUCGUAUUACGUUAGUUACAUGUGGGCAAAAU